GUCGUCUCCUAAACGACACCUCUCCAGAAUCCAGAGGCCAAAAAGAUGAGAAAAAACGACCGGAAAAAUCAUCAGGAUUCCUGAAAAAUGUCAAAUUAAUUUCACAUUUGAAUGUCUCCUCUUCUUCCUCUGAAUCCAAAUCCAACAAAAUUGCGGAACAGAUCAAAAGGCUUAGGUUUAAGCUUUUUGAAAUUCUCAAAAAUCAAAUCAUUCCGCAAAAUGGUGGUGCCUUUAUUAGAGGCACCGGAAUUUAGGAAAUUAAGGAGAUCAGCUUUAGUAUUGGGCCUCUCCAAUGCGCUUAUAAUAAUAAUGGGAACUGGUAUUGUAAUUAUUACGCGUUAUUCGUGUGGAGAAAAGGAUAUUGCGCCUGUUUUUGUUAUAAUGAUGGCUAGUUUUGUAAGAAUUGGUGCUAUGAUUGGUACUGGUAUUGCUCAACAAGAUACUGCUUCUAGUAUUUUAACUUCUGAGGCUGAUUUGCCUGAUUCUCAAGCUGCUAUUCGACAUCAACGACGGAGGAAAUAUAGGAGACUAUUAUUGUGGACCCGAAUUGCCUCAGUAAUUACAAUGGUGCAGCUUCUUGGGGCUGUUUUUCUUUUGGUCAGUGUCACAAAUCUUUUGCAUCGUGAUUCAACAUCAAGCAACUGUCUGAGAGGGCUUCUCUCAAAUGGUUCAAGGUGGCAACGCAACAUGCUUAUUCUUUUUAUGGUUAUUAUAUCUUACGUGGCUCCAGUACAAUGCUUUGCUGGAGCUGAGGUCUUGAGAUGGAGGUCUUUCUAUGCAACAGAAGAUAAUGCAUGGAAGGCACAUUAUAGGGAGGUAUUUGAUCAUGGCAUUCGUGAAGCUUUGUGCUGUCUGGGACGGGUCAAAUACUUGACUGUGCUAGAGGAAGAUGAAGUUUGUUCUGUGGCACAGUUACUUGGUGAUCUUGUGACUUACCGUGCAUCUGGGACAGGUCAUUUGGAGCUCUUAGCAGGACUAGCUUUAUUGCAGAAUCCUCGUUCAUUCUCUAAAUUGUAUGAAGAGUCAAUGAUCGUACCCAUGGACAGGAUGCGCGGGGCUGCUUUCUUUCAUCCGUUUGCAGAAGCAGCCUACACGGGUCUAUUACUUGAUAUAGGAAGAAAUCCUGUACUUUUUUCAUGUUCAUGGCUCCAUAGGCAAGGCAUUCUUGCUCCCUGGCUAUGGAACAGGCGACCUUUACUCGAAGGUGACAACUGGUGGCGAGGUCAUGCUGCAGCCUUCUUGAAACAUGUUCAUUUGUCAGCACAUAUGCUCAGAAAAGGACGUGUUAAUCAAGGAAAGUGUAAAGCAGCAUACUUUAUUGUGGUUUUGCAUAAUGUGAAAUCCGUUGUAAUUGCUGUGAGGGGAACUGAGACCCCUGAAGACCUCAUAACUGAUGGUUUAGGCAGGGAAAGCUGCCUUACUGAAGGAGAUUUAGAUAGCCUGCUACAUGGCAGUCAUUUUGACCCGUGCAUUCGUCAAAGGGUGGUUUCAUCCAAACCACACUAUGCACACUCAGGAGUAGUUGAGGCCGCACGUGAUCUUUACAUGCAAGUAGAUGGAAAUUCUGAAGAUGGUGGAUUUCUCUCGUCAUUGCUGGGAGUAGGAUGUGAGUGUGAGGGAUAUGGUGUGCGAAUAGUGGGGCAUUCCCUUGGAGGAGCUAUUGCUGCAUUACUAGGAAUGAAGGUAUGCAAUUGUCAGCUAAUGAAAUGCAUUCUUGGAACUUUUCUUCCAUCAUGUUUGAGCGCUCUUUGUAUAGGACAUAUAUUGCCGUUUUCUUUCCCCAACCCCUUCCCCUUUUGGUAUCCAAAGAACAAAAGAAAAAAAAAAUUGUGCGAUAAUUGUAUUGGUUUUGUGUCAGUGUCAUUUUUUCUUCAUUAAGCAUCAAUA